UUGCAUAUUUUUUUGACAAAAGGACUUACAAAGGUAAGAUUUUUUCUGUUCAUCGCCCACUGUCCAAUUCUAUUUUAGGAAAAGAAAAUAUUGCGCGAUGUAAGUAGUCCAACAUUGAAAAAUAAUGAAUCUGUACUUUCAAUUGGAACAACUAGUACAGUGAGUAUUAUUAUAUUGUAUAUUAAAUAAAUUGAUAUUUUCUAUUUUAGAGCAUUCAUCAAGAAGUUAAUGACGAUCACAAGAUACACAGAGAUACGCCUCAAAAAAAGUAUAGUUCUGAGUUUUCAAUUUCAUAUUCCAAAACAAAAAAUUUCAGACAAUCAAUUUUCCGACGACUUGCAAAGAUUGUCAGUUCAGAUGAUGUUAUUCAUACAAUGACAUCGUCUUCAAAUCGAGCACCAAUUUUAGAAGAAAAAGUAUCACGAGAAGAAAUUUUUGAAUUAAUUGAAGUACCACCAGAUUCUCCUACUUUACAAUCAAAUCAAUUCAGUUUUUUGAAACGGCUCAAAAGUACAAUCACUCAUGUUGAUAGGUUAGUUUCAUGGAAUUUCUUUAUUAAUUACUUUUUGUCGUGAUUCCCUAAUUAAUCUGAUUCACAUUUAGAUGGUAUGUGUGCAGUGAACAAACAGAUUUGCCUAUGGCAAUAUUUUCUUAUAUACCAUUUGGUAGUGAAUAUGGUGAUCCUUUGUCGUCGUCUUUUGGUAAUAAUAUGUUUCGUGGUAAAUUUAAACGUUCAAAAUCGAUUUUCGGAAGGUUAAUAACACACAAAACUCGAUUAAUAGUCUAUUAAAAUUCAAAUUUUAGUGCUGAUCGAAUUCGUCAUCAUCAGUCAUUUGAAGAACUUCGUCCAUAUAUUUUUCGUGAAGCUGAAGAUUAUAUCAGUUUGAUAAUAAAUCGAAAAAAGCGAAAUCCUUCUCCAUUUUUCACUCUUUAUGAUAAACCAAGAUCAGCUCGGGAUAGAAAAGAAAGUUUUCGAGGUGAAUUAUCGGAAGAUAUUUAUCCGGGUAGUAUUGAUAUUCCACAAUCAAUUUUCAAUCGAGAUUCGUGUAGUGAAAAAGGCGCAUCUUUGGAAGAAAAAUAUGAAGAUAUAAUGAAUCGAAUUGAAGAAAAUGAUGAAGAUGAAUAUUAUGAUCCAAAAGCAUUUGAUGAUUUGGCAAAAGGAAAACGAACUGUUAUUCGGCUUAAUUUCUUUAUUGUAAGUAUUUUUCCAGUUUAUUGAUUUUCCUAAUUUUUUCAGGCAAGUACUAUUCAUUUGACACCAAGUGAACGAACAAAAACAGCGAUAAAUGAGGAUUUCGCUUCAAAAUAUCCAUAUAUCCAUCUGACUUUGAGUAAACUGAAAAGUAUCAAACGAGAAAUGCUUCAAUUAGCAAAAUUGCAUUUUGUUGAUUAUCAUACUCUUGCAAUUGCAUAUGUUUAUUUUGAGAAAAUAAUAACACAAGGACUUAUUUCAAAAGAUAAUCGAAAAUGUGUUGCUGGAGCAAGUCUUUUAGUUGCCAUGAAAUUAAAUGAUUAUAGUAAAACAACAAUAUUAGAAUAUAUUGAAAAUGCUGAAAAUCAAUUAAGAGAAUCAAGAAGUGACAUUUUAUCAUACGAGUUGCCUUUAUGUUCUGCUUUAAAGUUCAAAUUAAAUCCGCCAUUGGAAGAAUUAGAAAGUCAUUUAGAUAAAUUGAAAUUCGAAUAUUACUAA